AUGAACUGUGAAACAAAGCAUGCACUACACUGUACGGCUUUGCUUGCAUGGAUUCUAGGAUUUGCAUACUUUUGUGGCGUCUUCACUGAACCACACUCUUCUGUUACACUUCGACCUUUUGAGAGUUAUGGAUACACUUGGACUACAUUUCUAUACCUGUUACGUUUCACCGCGUUACUGGUACUGCCACAAUGCCUCUGCAAUCUUCUUGGUCUUGUUUUAUUCAAUGCUUUUAGGGAAAAGGUUCCUCUCAAAGCUGCACCUUUGCUGUCACCGUUUGUGUGUUUUCGAGUGGUGACGAAAGGGCACUUCCCACUUCUUGUUAAGGAAAAUAUAGGAACUAACAUGAAAACGUGUUAUGAUGCUGGUAUGGAGAACUUUAUAUUUGAGGUUGUCACUGACAAUGCUAUUAAUCUUCCUCCUCAGCCCCGUGUUCGAGAAGUGGUCGUUCCUACUUCAUAUAGAACCAAAAGUGGUGCGAAAUUCAAAGCGCGCGCUCUUCAGUAUUGUCUUGAAGAUGAUGUUAACAUUUUACAGGAUAACGACUGGAUUGUUCACCUUGAUGAGGAAACAUUACUAACACAGAAUUCGAUAUGCGGGAUACUGAACUUCUGUGAAGAUGGUCGUCAUCAAUUUGGUCAGGGAGUUAUCACGUAUGCAAGUGGUGAAAUUGUCAACUGGCUAACAACUUUAUCGGAUUCUUUUCGGGUGGCGGAUGAUAUGGGCAAAUUGCGCCUUCAAUUCAAAAUAUUUCACAAACCUCUAUUUGGUUGGAAGGGUUCUUUUGUUGUCACACAGGUUGCUGCGGAGAGGAAGGUGUCGUAUGAUCAUGGUAUGGAGGGAUCCAUAGCAGAAGAUUGUUUCUUCUCUAUGAUCGCCAUGAAACAUGGAUAUACGUUUGAUUUUAUUGAAGGUGAGAUGCAUGAGAAAAGCCCGUUCACAAUGUGGGAUUUUCUGCAGCAACGGAAACGUUGGUUGCAAGGAAUUCUUCUAACAGUUCACUCACCACGAAUCGCCCUUACUCACAAGGCUCUUCUUGCAUUAUCAUUAUAUGCGUGGGCUACGAUGCCAUUGACUUCUCUUCAAGUGUUCCUUUGUCCUUUAUUUCCACUUCCUCGUUGUUUACCAUUCGAUUUCGCUUUGUCAUUUGUUGGUGCAGUGAAUUUAUACAUGUACAUAUUCGGAGUAGUAAAGUCAUUCUCACACAAAUACAGGAACAGCGCACUUCGAUUGAUGAUUUACUUAACCGGCGCACUAAUGACGAUACCAUUCAAUAUAAUGAUAGAGAACGCCGCCGUACUGGUCGGCAUGUACGGUCGAAAGGACCAAUUUUAUAUAGUUAACAAGGAUAUCCAAACUGUGUAG